AACGAAUUUGCCUUUCAAUUUAGGCACAUUACCAAAGUCACUUUAAACAGUUGCUCAGUUGCGAUUUAAUUUCCGCGAUGGAACGUUUUGUUAUUUAAGACACAGCGCAAUAAUACCAGAAAAAGAACACUAAACAGACUGUAGUUGCGUUAACGUAAAUAAAAACUUGAAAUUUGUCAAAAUUGUUGUGUUCGUUGUGAUGUUAAUCUCCUGAAAGAGGGAAUUUUGCGAAUGGAACUAAGGAUGAGAGCGAUUGCAGCAGCGGUGUUUGCGCUGCAUCUAAUUAGUGUGAUACAGUGUCUUGAUAUAGAUUUGUUGAACAAACAAGCCACAUACGUUGAUGCUAAGGUGGGAUCGUAUGCUGUGUUCAAUUGCCCAUUAGAUUUUCCGCAGGAUAUUGAAAUACCGUACAUUCUUCAUUGGAAUAAAGAGGGUCACAAAGUUUUUGCGUGGUAUGAUGGGAAAUUAUCCGCCGCAGAUUACUAUGUGGGUCGUGUUAAUCUACUGGAUAACUCCUAUGGAUAUGGACGAGCCUCGGUGAAUUUAACGUCAAUACGAGAAACCGACUCGGGAUGGUAUGAAUGUCGUGUCAUCUUCCCAAACCGAACGCCAAGCACUCGCAAUAAUGGCACAUGGUUUCAUUUGGCUGUUGAAAGUGGUUCACUCAUCAAAAUACCACCAAUUAAUCAAACGGUUAUGGAAGGUGAGAUGGCAUAUUUCCAUUGUGUCACCAAAGAACCAGAGCUGUCGCAUGCGACAUGGUACAAAGACGGCAUCGCCAUAUCAGAUUUAGAUGACCUGAGCCAGAGAUCAGUUAUCACUUCAGACGGCAGUCUCACCAUUAAUCCAACGGUCAUGACCGAUUUGGGCGAAUACGUGUGCAUAAUUCGGAGCAUUGAAAAUGAUGAACAAGAAGCCAGAGCCUAUUUGAAUGUACAAUAUAAAGCGAAAGUAAUUUAUGCGCCAAGUGAAGUGUAUCUUCCGUUUGGAAGACCAGCAACUUUAGAUUGUCACUUUCGAUCGAAUCCGCCACUAACGAAUCUUCGAUGGGAGAAAGACGGAUUUUUAUUUGAUCCUUACAAUGUUCAAGGAGUGUUCUAUCGCCGAAAUGGAAGUAUUUUCUUCAAUUUAGUAGAUGAAACGCAUGCCGGUCGUUAUUCUUGCACACCAUACAAUGAUCUAGGCACUGAAGGACCAUCACCAUUAAUUCGUGUCUUCGUACAACGUCCGCCUGUGUUCACCUUAAAGCCAAAACCAAUUUAUGUGCACAAAUUAGGUGACACGGCUACAUUUCAAUGUGAUGCGACAGAUCAAGAUGGUCAACAUCGUCCCAUUGUUCAAUGGCGUCGCAAAGAUGGGCUACCACUCCCAUUUAGCCGUACAACCAUUGAAGGUAUCAAUUUCGCAAUAGAAAAUAUCAACGAAACGGAUCGUGGCAUUUACGAGUGCAUUGCAACGAACGAAGCAGCCACCGUAACGGUUGAUUCAGAGUUGUUGAUAGAAAAUGUUGCACCACGUCCACCAUACAAUCUUACGGCUAAUAGCACCGACACAGCAAUUACUUUAUUUUGGGAACCAGGCUAUAUUCGACCAUACUUGGAGUAUGUUGUGUGGUAUAGAUUGAGUGAUGCAACUGAAUGGCGAACCCUACGAAUGCUAACAAGACCGCCCGUUCGAAGCUACGAAAAUUUCAAUAAUCAAAAUAUGCAAGCAACCAUUACGAAUUUGGAACCGGGCCGAGAAUACGAAUUUAUGGUAUUGAGCACUGAUAGGUUUGGCGACGGAAUGUUCAGCAAAACCUUUAGAUAUUUCACCAAAGCUUCCGAGUACUUUACUGAUUCGCCGGAUCAGCUAAACGAGCCAGUAAUGCAUUUUGCACAAGUUGGGCCGCCGAAGAAUGUUACGGUUCAGCAAACUGAUGUGGGUGAUGAGUUUAUUGUAUCGUGGUAUCCGCCCGAUUACGGUAUCGAAACGUUGCGAGUGUAUGUGGUACGAUGGUACCGUGAGCCUGGUCAUCAUCUAAUGGGAAAAGCCGAAACACGCGAUACUUACUACAAAGUGCGAUACCUAAUGGAGAACGAAUUGUACAGCUUCCAAGUAUUUUCGCUGUCGACAACUGACUACCAGGCUGGCAGCAAUGAAUACGAUAUCCGUGUUCCACCGUAUCGUAUCAAAAUGCGUCUUGUUGCAAUAAUAAUUACGCUGAUCAUACUAUCAAUGCUAGUCUUUGCUGCAAUUUAUAUCUUCCUAAAGAAACGAUGCUUUGACCCGUACCCAGAUAACGAUGAAAAAUUGCAAAGACCAUGAAACAAAAGUCUAAUGUGCAACAAUGUUGAACAAAGAAAAAUUGUUGUAGUCUUAAUUAGUUGAUAGAAACCAUUUCGUGUGUGCAUUUUUCCCCGUCUAAUCCAACAAGCAAAAAGUAAAAAUAGAAGGAAAUAGAAGAAUUCGAAAUCAGAACGAACGAACGAACAAACGAAAGCCAAAUCAUGCACAAGCACGCAAAUCUCCUGACACCAUUCUUCUGUUUGGCCUGCACACAGAGAGCAUUUCACUUUUGCAUUUACCAAAGCAAUUUACAAUUUGUGUUAAAUACCGUUUUAAUUAUUUGUUUUUUUUUUAUUGUUUAAUUCGCUUUAAUUGUUUAUGUCUCCGACUUCAAUUAUCACAUUAAGUAAGUUGAUUCUUUUUUUCUUUGUAUGAGGAAAGAAACAAAAAGAAUCAAACCAAAGGAUAAACAAAAUGUCUUUUCAUAUAUAUUUGCUGAAUCUCAAAUAAAGAACUUUGUAAAUAAA